AUGGCAUGCGAGGAAGUAAAUGAUGUGAAUAGAGCAGGCGGGGAGCCAAGGAACCCAGGCCUAUUGCUGAGACAUCUCCGCACAGACACAUCUGGAGGAAAACAGACAGAUAGUCGGGAAAACACGGAUAUUGAAACGGGUAUCAAUCACUGCAGCGGUUUGUGCGCGUCUGAACUGAAUAUGCUGCAGUGUGGUGCUUUACCGCCCGCCUCCCACGAUAUGGUGGUAUGA